AGGAGGGACAGAUCCGUAAAUUAGGAUCUUCUUCCCAUCACGCUCCACAACCACAUCCACAAUUCUCUGCAAAAAAUCACCACAAUCUUUGCCUUUGCUUCGUGCUGCCAAAAUCGAACAAUUUAAAGCAACUUACCGCACGACAACAUUGAAAUGGAUGGGCAUGAUUCUGAAGAUCCAAAGCAGAGUACUGCUGAUAUGACAGCUUUUGUACAGAAUUUACUCCAGCAGAUGCAAUCCAGGUUCCAGACAAUGUCAGAUUCCAUCAUUACAAAGAUUGACGAAAUGGGCAGCAGGAUAGAUGAGUUGGAGCAGAGCAUCAAUGAUCUGAGAGCUGAAAUGGGGGUAGAAGGCUCUCCAUCUCCUUCAGCCCCUCCCAAGGUGAAAGACGAACCCAAGUCAGAGGAAUGAUUCAACCUAAGUUCACUAACAAAAUGGCAUGGUGGUUUAGACAAAUAUGUCUUCUAUAGAGUUUUCUUCUGUGUGCUUUUAGCAAGUUUCAAUGUAAUGCCAAUAUGUCAUAUUUCAGGGUUACGCAUUUGAAGGGACGCUUAACUAGCGCCAUACCCUUUUUGAUUACUGAUGCACUUCCCUUUUCUUUACUUGUUUUUUUUCUUUUUUCCUCGAGUUGAUGUGAAUGUUUGCACUACAAGAGCAUCAAAGGUCAUUGCUUUUGAGGUUGUUUGCCACUUCUAUUAUAUGAUUUUAUAAAAGAAAUAGUUAAAUUUGUCUGA